GUCCUUCCUUCUUUCAAAAAAAAAAAAAAAUUUCGUCCUUCCCCUCUCCUUCAAAUCAUCUCUCUCUGUCCCGUUUUUCUCUCUACGGUCUGCAUCUUCUACUCUGUCUCGCAAAUUAUUUCGAUACAAAAAAAAUAUUAACAUUACUAUGACUUCAUGUCACCGCCGGAUAACUACCGGACUUACCGUACCAACCGGGUCGGUUUAUUCCCGGCUACGAACGCCGGAGACUUUAUCUCUCCCUUUCGACCGCAAUUCCGCAAAUCAACAGUUAAGAAUUAUUUUUAGAUCUCCAAAACAUUCUAAAUCGUUUAUAAUUGAUGCCGUUGGGCCCAGCGGGGUGUGGGACCGAUCAGACGGCGGGAAUGAAGCGGAGAAGGUAGGGCCAUGCUCGUAUUCGGUUGGGGAUCAGGUGGCAGCAAUAAGAGAUGUGGUGGAGAAGAAUGGGAAUAGCGAUCGGACGGUGGAGAUAAAUAAUAUUGGGAGGAGGAAUUGUAGUGGUAGUAAGACAAGUAAGAAUGAGAAGUUAGAGGUGGCGGUUGCGGCGGCGGCUACGGUCGUGUUAGGUGUGGGGAAUCGUGUGUUGUAUAAGUUGGCUUUGGUUCCGCUCAAACAUUACCCUUUCUUUCUCGCUCAGCUCGCUACUUUCGGAUAUGUUAUUGUAUACUUCACUAUCUUGCGUAUGCGGUACCAUGCUGGACUUGUCACAGAUGAGAUGCUUUCUAUGCCAAAAGCUCCGUUUCUUCUUGUAGGAUUUUUGGAGGCUCUUGGAGCUGCAACAGGAAUGGCAGCUGCAGCUAUUCUUUCUGGAGCAUCAAUUCCAAUUUUAUCUCAGACUUUUCUUGUGUGGCAGAUUCUCCUGUCAAUUAUUUUUCUUGGGAGGAGAUAUAAAAUUAAUCAGUUACUCGGAUGCUUUCUUGUUGCCAUUGGUGUAAUCAUAACUGUAGCAAGUGGAUCUAGUGCUGGUAAUUCUGUGAAGGAAGUUGGAAUAUUUUGGAGUCUUCUGAUGAUUUUUUCUUUUCUACUGCAAGCUGCUGAUACGGUGCUCAAGGAAUUUAUUUUCCUGGAUGCUGCUCGGCAGUUAAAGGGAGGUUCAGUGGAUCUAUUUGUUGUAAAUUCUUUUGGAUCUGCUUUCCAAGCAUUAUUCAUAUGCCUUCUUCUUCCUUUCAUGUCAAAAUUAUGGGGUAUACCGUUUAGUCAGCUUCCAAGCUAUCUUAGAGAUGGGGCUGUUUGUUUUCUGAAUAUUGGUAGUUUAUCAGGUGGAUGUGAUGGUGCACCCUUGCUACCUUUGUUGUUUGUUCUUGUGAACAUGGGUUUUAACAUUUCAUUGUUACAUCUGCUCAAGAUCUCGUCUGCUGUUGUAUCUUCCCUUGCUUCCACAUUCUCAGUGCCAAUAUCGGUGUAUGUGUUCACAUUACCAUUGCCAUAUCUCGGGGUUGCAUCUUCCCUUCCAACUGGCUUCGUCACAGGAGCCAUCAUCCUUGUUAUGGGAUUGUUUAUCUAUGCUUGGACACCGUAUAAUAGUAAUUCAAGUAGCGCAUCUUCGCCAUCUCCCAGCUAGUAUAUAAUUGUUUUGCUCACCAUUUCCAUUUUCUACCUCAGAAAAUGUCAUUUGCUGGCUGGCUUUUGAGUGAUACCCAAUAAGGUAAGGAAGAAAGAUUAUCAUUGUUGUUGUAAUUGUGAUUCAUGUUCAAUGUAAAAUGGCUGAUUGUGAUUAUAAUUUUUUUUUUUUUUUUUUUUUUU